AUGGAGGAGCGCGCGCGCCCCGCGGCCUCCCCCGGCGGGGUGGGGGCGCGCGCCCGGCUGCGGCGCGGCCCCGUGGAGCCGCUGCUCUUCCUGGCGUCGUUGGCGCUGAUGCUGCAGGCGCCGCUGGCCACCCAGUACCUCUGGUGGCGCCUCGGCGACGACCGCGGCUACAACGGCACCGGCCGCGCCGGGGGCUGCACCAACGGCAGCGACGAAGCCGGGCGGCAGGAAGUGGAGACCGAGACCUCCCACUGGAGCCUGUACAUCAACCUCAGCGGCUUCCUCGUGGGCCUCUUCUCCUCCACCCUCCUGGGGCCUUGGAGCGACAGCGUGGGGCGGCGGCCGCUUCUGGUCCUGGCCACGGCCGGCCUGGCCCUCCAGGCUGCCCUGUCCCUCCUGGUCGUGACCCUGCGACUCCACGUCGGCUUCCUCCUGCUGGGACGCCUGCUGAGCGGCCUCUGCGGGGACUACAACGGCGUGCUGGCCGGGGGCUUCGCCGCCGUGGCGGACGUCAGCGCCCGGGACGCCCGGACCUUCCGGGUGGCCGUGUUGGAGGCGUGCCUGGGCGUAGCGGGCAUGCUGGGGGGCGUCGUCGGCGGUCACUGGCUCCGCGCUCAGGGCUUCGUCAACCCUUUCUGGCUGGUUCUGGCAGUGCAGGUCACCGCGGUGGUGUACGCGGCCUUCGGCUUCCGCGAGUCGGUGAGGGAACCCCGGCCGGCCCGGCUCCUCACCCUCCGGCACUACCGGGCGGUGUUGGCUCUCUACACCGCCCCUGGCCCUGAGAAAUCCCGGAAGCAUUUGGCCCUCUACUCCCUGGCCUUCUUCCUGGUGGUGACCGUCCACUUCGGCGCCAGGGACGUCUUCGUCCUCUACGAGCUGAGCUCGCCCCUCUGCUGGGGGUCCGACCUGAUUGGCUACGGCUCGGCGGCCCUGCACCUGGCCUACCUCACCAGCCUGGGGGGCCUGCGGGCUCUGCAGCUGUGCCUGGAGGACAGCUGGGUGGCGGAGAUCAGCCUCGCCUCCAACAUCGUGGGAUUGGUGGUCAUCUCGGUGGCCACGACGACCCCAGUGAUGUUCGCAGGCUACGGUCUCCUCUUUCUCUCACUGGCCUGCACCCCAGUCAUCCGGUCAAAACUCUCCAAGUUGGUUGGCGAGGAAGAGCAGGGGGCUCUCUUUGCAUCCCUUGCCUGCGUGGAAGGACUCUGCCUGCUAACAGCCACCGGCAUCUUCAACUCCCUCUACCCCGCCACCUUGAACUUCAUGAAGGGAUUCCCCUUCCUCCUGGGAGCCGUCAUCCUCCUCAUCCCGGCUUCUUUGAUCGGGAUGUUGGCAGUCCUUGACCCAAAACCCGACUACCAGCACUACGUGGACACCUCCUGAUGGAGCCGGGCUCUCCGGGAGCCGGUCGGAAGAGAGACAGUGAGAUCCCGUCCAGGUGAUCUGACCGGCAGAAUCAGAAAGAAGCCAUGCUGAUUUGAAGCCGCCCCUUUGCGGACCGCGGGACCACAGCCCAGGUUCUCCUGGCCUCAGAGAGGGAGGUGAGAGGGUUCCUGGCGAAGAGGCCAUAUAGCUUAAGAUGAUGCCAGUGAUUUUCUCAGGCAGCUGCACGAGGAGAGGGGCCAGCUAUUUAGGCUUCUCUGAGCACCAGCAGGAUCCGGAAACCUCUUCUCCUCGGUCCCCAAGAUAUAUGUCCUCAGGAGAUGGGGCAGGCCGACCCAAACUUUAGAAUGUCCCCAAGCACCCCGGGAGUGUUCAAGGAGCUUAAAUCACGGUGAAAGAUUGGGGGAAGGGGGCUGAGAUCCAAUGUCUGACCGAAAGUGCCGAUUCGGUAGCGAUAUAGGGGGAGAGGGUCUGUCAGUGUAGUUUCCUGAGAUCUGAUCGGAAGGUUGUGAUCAUAAAGGAAUUCAUUAUAUAGGUUUUCAUUUUAUAGUUUGAGAUCCCAUCAGGAGGUCUUGAUCAUAAAGGAAUUCAGGAUAUAGGCUUUCUUGGGAUCAUCCUUCAACAGUCCUGCCGGCAAGAGCCUUAUGCCCCUGGUCCCGCAGCAGAGCCUGGUGGAAAGACGCAGGGGGCUUGUGUUCUAAUCCCAGCUCUGCCGCCUGCCUGCCGUGUGUGACCUUAGGCAAGUCACUUGACUUCUCUGGACCUCAGGUUCCUCAUCUGUCAUACUUGUUCUCCCUCCCUCUGGGGCUCUGGGCCUCCAGAGGGACGGGGACUGUGUCCAAGUUGAUCGACAUGUAUUUUCCCCAGCACCUAGGUCAGUGCCUGGCCCAUAGGAAGCAAUUAACUAGUACCGCGGGUAUUAUUACCGUUAUCGGGAGUGUGAUUAUUAUUAGUCAGUCGAGAUAUAAUAAAACGGUGAAGCUGA